CACACAGGAGAGAAGCCUUACAAAUGUAAUCAGUGUGGUAAAACCUUUGCAAAAAACAGUCAUGUCGUGCGGCAUAAAAGAACACACACUGGAGAGAAACCUUAUGAGUGUAACCAGUGUGGUAAAGCCUUUGCACAAAACAGUCAUCUCAUAAUCCAUAAAAGAACACACACUGGAGAGAAACCUUAUGAAUGUAAUGAGUGUGGCAAAGCCUUUGCAGAAAACAGUCAUCUCAUAAGCCAUAAAAGAACACACACUGGAGAGAAACCUUAUGAAUGUAAUGAGUGUGGCAAAGCCUUUGCAGAAAACAGUACUCUCUUAAGCCACAAAAGAACACACACUGGAGAGAAACCUUAUGAAUGUAAACAGUGUGGUAAAGCCUUUGCACAAAACAGUGCUCUCAUAAGCCAUAAAAGAACACACACUGGAGAGAAACCUUAUGAAUGUAACCAGUGUGGUAAAGCCUUUGCAGAAAACAACACUCUCUUAAACCACAAAAGAACACACACUGGAGAGAAACCUUAUGAAUGUACCCAGUGUUGUAAAGCCUUUGCACAAAACAGUCAUCUCAUAAGCCAUAAAAGAACACACACUGGAGAGAAACCU